UAUUAGUGAGCUACACAGUAGGCUCACAUGGGUGCAAGCUCAACUUUAUUAAUGGUCUCACAUGGACAUUGUCUCCUUCGAUUCUCUUGUCUUGUCAUACUCUUGUCUUCCACUUGCACAGUUUAUAUAUAUCAAAAGCUUCAUUCUUUCGUUUUAGAUCACUCGUAGUGAAUCAAAUCUCAAACUUUUUUUUUUUUUCCAUUUCUUUCCUUUCCUCCUCUGUUCUGAUGGCUCUCCGAUUACCAUCUAAGGUUCUUGAACAUAUCCUCUCCUUCAUUGAUUCCAACGAGGACCGGAACUCUGUUUCUCUGGUCUGCAAGUCAUGGUUCGAAACAGAGCGGAAGACUAGGAAGCGAGUCUUUGUCGGAAACUGUUACGCGGUGAGUCCUGCUGCUGUUGCACGACGGUUCCCGGAGAUGAGAUCUCUGACUUUGAAAGGGAAGCCACACUUCGCCGACUAUAAUUUGGUUCCGGACGGUUGGGGUGGUUAUGCUUGUCCAUGGGUUGAUGCCCUGGCGGCGAAAAGCCCGUCCCUUGAAGAGAUAAGAUUGAAGAGAAUGGUGGUGACUGAUGAGUGCUUAGAAAAGAUUGCUGCUUCGUUUAAGGAUUUUAAAGUCCUUGUGCUGACUUCUUGUGAAGGUUUCUCCACUGAUGGUAUCGCUGCUAUUGCAUCUACUUGCAGAAACUUGAGAGUGUUGGAGCUACGAGAGUGCAUCGUUGAAGAUCUAGGAGGAGAUUGGCUUAGUUAUUUCCCAAAGACUUCAACUUCUCUGGUCUCUCUUGACUUCUCUUGUUUAGACUCUGAGGUUAAAAUCUCGGACUUAGAGCGUCUCGUGAGCAGAUCUCCUAACCUGAAGUCUCUGAAGUUGAAUCCAGCUGUGACUCUUGAUGGACUCGUUAGCAUCCUUAGUCGUGCUCCACAGCUGACUGAGCUCGGCACAGGUUCUUUCGCAGCUGAAUUGAAACCAGAAGCGUUUUCAAAGUUGUCAAAAGCUUUUUCAAACUGUAAGCAACUUCAGAGUUUAUCUGGUCUUUGGGAUGUUCUCCCUGAAUAUCUUCCAGCUCUUUAUUCUGUAUGUCCUGGACUUAUCUCGUUGAACUUGAGCUAUGCUACUGUCCGAAUGCCUGAUCUUGUUGAGCUUCUUAGGCGAUGCUCGAAACUGCAGAAGCUAUGGGUGAUGGACUUGAUAGAGGACAAAGGUCUUGAAGCUGUUGCCACAUAUUGUAAGGAACUGCGAGAACUGAGGGUGUUUCCAUCAGAGCCAGAUCUUGAUGCAACCAACAUACCUGUGACGGAGCAAGGCCUGGUCUAUGUCUCUAAAGGCUGUCGGAAGCUUGAGUCUGUUCUUUACUUCUGUGUCCAGUUCACAAACGCAGCUUUGAUUACUAUAGCAAGAAAACGUCCAAAUCUGAAGUGCUUCCGUCUCUGCGUGAUAGAGCCAUUCGCUCCUGAUUACAAAACAAAUGAGCCACUUGAUAAAGGAUUCAAAGCCAUAGCUGAGGGAUGCAAGGAUCUUCGACGGCUCUCCGUCUCUGGUCUCCUCUCUGACAAGGCCUUUAAAUACAUUGGGAAACAUGCCAAGAAGGUUAGGAUGCUAUCCAUAGCAUUCGCAGGCGACAGUGAUUUGAUGCUCCAUCACUUGUUGUCAGGCUGUGAGAGUUUAAAGAAGCUUGAGAUAAGAGACUGCCCUUUUGGAGACACUGCACUACUAGAGAACGCUGCCAAACUAGAAACCAUGCGAUCCCUUUGGAUGUCGUCGUGCUUUGUAAGUUUUGGCGCUUGCAAGCUUCUGAGUCAGAAAAUGCCAAGGCUUAAUGUUGAAGUCAUUGAUGAACAUCCUCCAAAGACAAGACCUGAGAGCUCUCCAGUUGAAAGGAUAUACAUAUAUAGAACAGUCGCAGGACCGAGAAUGGAUACACCUGAAUUCGUGUGGACGCUACACAAGAAUCCUGAGAUUGGAGUUUCUCGUUUAGCCAUUAAGUAAACUUGCAGCUUCAGUCAUUCUUUUUUUCCUUUUCAUCUUGAGUUUUUGCAGACAUUGGUGUUGGAGAUUCAGCUUCCAUUCGUUCUCUUUUAUAUUGUUUCUACUAAGAUGUUAGAAUAUCAGUGAUAGAAGCAUUUCGUAGCUUGUACUCUGUUAAGCGAAACCUUGAGUUUGUACUAAAGUUUGGAAUAAAAAAGUUGUCACUUUAUAA